AUGAUGGCUCUUAUGAAUUGUGCUUCAUCUUUCUCUUCUUGUUCUUCUUCCUCUUCCACUUCUUCUUCAUCCUCUUCUUCUUCUCCGAGGAACAGAGAGAACAUGGUUUUGCAGAGUGUGGUUGAUGUGUCACCUCCAAGUUUCUCCUCCGACAACAAACUUAUUUUACCAAUUGAGAAGACUUUAAUAACCCACCAAAAUUCCAAGCUCUGCCUGAUUUCAAAGUCUUCAGAAGAUUUGAAGAAGGAGAUUGCUUCAAUCGAGUUAGAGAUUCUUCACAUGGAAAGAUAUUUGUUAUCUCUAUACAGAAAAUCUUUCGAACAGCAAAUUUCUUCCUUCUCUAAUCUCUCUCCAACAACUUUACCUCGUUCAGCGACUACUUCACCAUCAUCACUAACUCUUCCAAAACACUAUCAAGCUUACCAAAAACCAAUCUCGUAUCCUCGGAGUUUCAACACUAGCUUAAAAGCCUUAUCUUCAAGGGAAGGGACUAGAGAAAUAUCUGGUAACCACAGUCUUGGAGAGCUUCUAGGAUCAUCUCAUUUACUUGACGAUCAAACAUUUAUAAACCCGAAUAAACUCUCUGAAGAUAUAAUGAGAUGCAUAUCUUCUGUAUAUUGUACACUUUCAAGAAGCUCAACUAGUAGAAACUCCACUUGUUUCUCUGCUUCUCCGGUUUCAACAAUGUCAAACUCCUCCACCAUUUUCUCAUCCAAAUCCAAUUACGAUGAUAAAUGGAGCCAGCAUUGCGCUGGUGAGUACCAGUUGCUGAAUCAGUGUCAAGAUCAAGGCAAUGUUUUGCCUUGUGGUGUUGUUGUGAUAGAGGCUCUUAGAGUACACUUGGAUGAUGGUAGUUUUCGUUACGCUGCUCUUAUGCUUCAAAACUUCAGAUCAUUGGUUCAAAAUCUUGAAAAAGUUGAUCCGACUAGAAUGAAACGCGAAGAAAAGCUUGCGUUUUGGAUUAACAUUCACAAUGCUCUUGUUAUGCAUGCAUACUUAGCUUAUGGGACUCAUAACCGCGCAAGAAACACUUCGGUUUUGAAGGCAGCUUACGAUGUUGGAGGCUAUCGCAUAAACCCUUUCAUAAUCCAAAGCUCAAUCUUAGGAAUCAGACCUCAUUACUCAUCACCACCUCCUUUACUCCAGACGCUGUUUUCACCUUCAAGAAAGUCGAAAACUUGCAAUGUGAGACACAUCUACGCUUUGGAAUAUCCAGAGGCUUUAGCUCAUUUCGCGAUUUCUUCAGGAGCAUUCACAGAUCCUACGGUUCGUGUUUACACCGCGGAUAGAAUCUUCAGGGAUCUAAGACAAGCGAAAAAAGAGUUUCUAAAAAGUAAUGUACGUGUUUACAAAGGGACAAAGAUUUUGUUGCCAAAGAUCUUUCAGCAUUAUGUUAAAGACAUGUCAAUGGAUGUGUCCAAGCUCAUGGAAACAACAGCCGAGUGUUUACCAGAGGAUGCGAGGAGGAUUGCUGAUAAAUGUUUAAAGGAGAAGAAGAGUAAGAAUUUUGAAUGGUUACCGGAAAAUUUGAGUUUCCGGUAUGUCAUCGCCGGCGAAUUGGUCGGAGGACAAAAUAAGACUUGA